CUGAUUUCCUAAAACCAUGACUAUUGAUACUCUGAGCACACCCGAAAGUCGGGAAACGAAAAAAUACAUAUCUCAGGGAACAACCCCGAGUUUCCUUGUUCCCAGUUCUAGUUACUACAACAUUAAUAUCACCAUGAGCCACUGGCAACUCAAGGACCUUGUGUGUUCAGCAUCGAAUACAAACUCUGUAUAUUUUCCUUCCGGAAACAACCUCAUGUCUCUUGACUUGUCUCGCAAGGGCAAUAGGGGUUCCAAGUGCCUUAAGUCUGUCACCAAGUUUGAGACUUCUCCACGAUGUCUGAAGGAAAAAGACGACCUGAUCGCUGUCGGAGGAGUUGUCAGUGCAACACCCCAAGGAGUAACUCUUGGAAGCUGUCGUGGCCUUUUCGGUCUUUACACCAAGGUUAAUGAUAGUGUGAUCAACAAGAAUGUGGGGACUCUGAUCAAUAACUGCGUUUCCCUGUACAAAGUAUCCAAUUCUGCAUACAAGACAAUUCUUUGCAACAAUGAUCAUAACAUGUAUUUACUAGACGUGACUAAUUACGGUCUAGCCCAGUCGCAAAUGAAUAUCAAUGUUGGUGUUCCGCUAAACCACUCAAGCAUCUCGCCAGACUCCAAAAGCAUGAUAGCGGUUGGAGACUCGUCCAAAGUGUUUGUGUUGCAUUCAGACGAAAAUAUGGCAGACAUCAAGGGACAGCAGAGCAUAUCAACAAACUAUCUGUGUGGAAUAUCAACCGACUGGAGCUCCUCUGGAAUGCAAUUCAGUGUGUGCUUCCAGGAUGGGGCAAACCUGGUAUACGAUAUCAGACGCCAAGACCACGCCCUUCACGAAAUUCACUCUACAAGACUUGACGCAAGUGGCGACUUCAGGGUCUGUAAAUUCAGUGGUGGAACCGAAGAUUUAUUAUUUAUUUCUGAACAUCAGGGACGUGUGCAUGUCGUGGAUACCAGAGAUUAUUCGAAACACCAGGUGAUUCUGCUUCCAAGGGUUUUGCAUGAUUCUGAAGCAUCCACAUACAAUCAGCCGAUCGUCAAGUCAGUAGAGGAGGUGCUCGCCCUCGACGCAGCACAUCUUGACCAGGCCAACCCGCAGAGUUCGGGACUCCGCUUGGGCCAGCGUCCCCCAAUGCGUUCAUUUCUUAACGACAGGGCCAACCAGCCACGCAGGUUCCAGUACGACACAACUGACGAGCCCACACCGCGUCAUUUCGAGAGUCCUCAACAUUUCAUUGGAGAAGUUACGUUAGACGAGGACACCGUGCAAUAUCUCGAUAGCAGUGUCGAAAUCUGUGGGCUAGACGUCUCGCGGGUCCACGAUAGCAGCUCAUUGGUCAUUGGCAGUGAAGCAGGGCUGAUUCACUGGGGCAUCGAUUCUUGGAAACGGAGAUGUUUCCCUUCAUUUGAAAUGUUUUGAUGAGGAUAGUGAUUUUUUUUUAUACUCAUAACUCGCUUUCGCUCGCGCAAUCACCUGUAGAACUGUGGUCUGUUGAUAUUGAGGCCGUACUCAUCAAGAGCGCUGCUGAGAUCGUCGAUCGUCAAGGUGACUUUCUGGUUGUGCUGUUGGUUACCUCCACUCAAUGCCGUACUAGACUGGCCUUCGCCUGCAGACCCAGAAGCCCCCUGAACGCCGUUUUCCACAGAUUCAUCCGGUGCAUUUGCCAUGUUUGAUGUCGCCAUCAUCAGGGCACGGGCCCUGACGUGUGGAUUGGACGAGUUGUACACCGCCGUGUUCGAUCUGAUUCUGGAAUACUCGUAUGCGUCGGUAGCAAUAUCACUCACAAACUUCUGUGUCGCCAGCGCCAGAAGCCUUUUGAUUUUCACGUUCGUUGUUUGAAAACCAUUUUUGGCCAGAUAGUAGUCCGUGACACUGUCUGGGAUGAUCGGUGUGAACUCCUCGUCGUCCAUCAUUUGCAGCACCUCUUCCAGAGUCUUGUCACUUCUGGUUAGCUCAGGGAAUUGGGGCAAAAUGGGAGGCAUUUUCGCCAAAGCUGGGUCCUCUUCCGGUUCCUGGUGAUGUUGCUCUUCGUGGGGGUUGUUUCCCACGUCUUCGUUCAUUUCUUCGUCCAAUUGGUCGUCAUCACCGAGCUCCUCUACGUCUUGAGCACUGAACAGGUUGCCCUGUUGUUCUGUAUGUUCGUCA